AUGUGGGGCGUGGCUAUACUCACAGCCGUGGCUGCCGUCCUCCUGGCCUACUACCUCCUCAAGCCCAAGGCACCCAACAUUCCGGCCUUGACGCUGACGCAGGGCCUCCGGCUGGCCUUCUCCAAGGACACCCACCUCCUCCUCGCCGAAUUCGCCAACCACCACGGACCUAUUUUCCAGAUCAAGAACCCGGACGGAGGGGUGCGCAUGCUGGUCGUGACCGACCCGCCCGCCGCCAAGAUCGCCAUGAAGUCCGAAGUGAAGGGCUCCUUCUACGAUCCGUUCAAGCGCUUCCACGCUCCCGUGCUCUUCCUGGGCGAGGGCGACUGGUGGCGAAAGCAGAGGCGCAUCACGAGCCCGGUCUUCUCCGGCAGCUCGGUGCGGGCACUGCACGGGAUCAUGGUCGAGGAGACCCAAAAUCUCUUCAACGCCCUCGACGCCAAGCCCAAGGGCACUCCGUUCGACGCCGACGACCUCUUCUGCCGCCUCACUCUCGACGUGAUUGGGCGGACAAUCUACGGUGAGUCGUUCGACGCCCUGUCCGGCAGGGAGGUGGCCGUGCAGGCCGCCCUCGCCGAGGGCCUCCUCGAGAUCCAGAAGCGCAUCUCCAACCCGCUCCGCAACUACUACACCAAGGGCACCCAGCGCCUCGUUGAGAACAUCUAUGGGUGGAAGGCGAUCGAGAAGCGGCGGGCGAUGGAGAACUGGGAGGAGAUCAACGACCUCCUCACCAUCCUCCUCACCAGCGUCGACUCGGAGACCGGCGAGAAGAUGCCCGACGAACAAAUCGCCCGCGAGCUGGGCGCCUUCAUCGCCGCCGGCCACGAGACCUCGGCGCACACGCUGGCCUGGACGCUGUACCACAUGCUGCAGAACCCCGACGUCACCGAGCGGUGCCGCACGGAGGUCGACGAGGUGAUGGAGGGCCGAAGCUUCCCGACGCACGAGGACCUGAAGAAGAUGAAGCAGCUGGACCUGAUCAUGAAGGAGAGCAUGCGCCUCACGCCGGUGUCGCCGAUGGGCUCGGCGCGCGACCUCAAUGCCGACGCGGAGAUCUGCGGCUUCGCGGUGCCCAAGGGCACGUCGGUGUGGGUGCCCUUCUACCCGCUCUUCACCGACGCCAAGCUGUGGGAGGACCCCAUGGCCUUCAAGCCCGAGCGCUUCCUCGACAUCUCCUCCAGCGACCCCAAGUACAUGCCCUUCAGCGCCGGCCCACGCAACUGUCUCGGUAAGGCGAUGGCGGAGCUGGAGCUGCAGAUCGUGCUGGCGGGCCUGCUCAGGAACUACACGUUCCGCCUGACCCCGGACGCCAAGGUCGAGGGCGCUCUCGAGAUCACUCUCAAGCCCCGUGGCUUGAUGGUGCUCUUCGAGAGGAGGCCGGCCACCGUGAGCGACGCCUGA